CCCGGUUCAGACCUAGCCGGCUGGGGUGAGGGGGAUGCAGCCAGGGGCUCAGCUCCGGUGCCGCACCCCGUAAAGGGCUGACCUUCCACCUCGCCAUCUCACCUCGGGAAGCCAAGACCAAACCAGCUUAGACUCUUCUGGUGCUUCUAAAACUGAACACAGCAAAAGUAUGGAUAUGGGAAAUCAACAUCCAUCCAUCAGUAGGCUUCAGGAAAUCCAAAAGGAAGUGAAAAGUAUAGAACAGCAAGUAAUUGGCUUCAGUGGUCUGUCAGAUGACAAGAAUUACAAGAAACUGGAGAGGAUUUUAACAAAACAGCUUUUUGAAAUAGACUCUGUAGAUACUGAAGGAAAAGGAGACAUUCAGCAAGCGAGGAAGAGGGCAGCACAAGAGACAGAGCGUCUUCUCAAAGAGUUAGAGCAGAAUGCAAACCACCCACACCGGAUCGAGAUACAGAACAUUUUUCAAGAAGCCCAGUCCCUGGUGAAAGAGAAGAUUGUGCCCUUUUACAGUGGGGGCAACUGUGUAACCGAUGAAUUUGAAGAAGGCAUCCAAGACAUCAUUCUGAGGCUGACACACGUCAAGACCGGGGGGAAGAUCUCCCUGCGCAAAGCAAGGUAUCACACUUUAACCAAAAUCUGUGCGGUGCAAGAGAUUAUCGAAGACUGCACGAAAAGGCAGCCUUCCCUGCCGCUCUCCGAGGACGCGCAUCCUUCGGUUGCCAAAAUUAACUCUGUGAUGUGUGAGGUGAACAAGGCCAGGGGCACUCUGAUUGCACUGCUGAUGGGAGUGAACAAUAAUGAGACCUGCAGGCACUUAUCUUGUGUGCUCUCGGGGCUGAUCGCGGAUCUGGACGCUCUGGAUGUGUGCGGGCGGACGGAGAUCCGAAAUUACCGCCGGGAGGUAGUGGAAGAUAUCAACCAGUUACUGAAAUAUUUGGAUUUAGAAGAGGAAGCAGAUAGCACCUACGCGUUUGACCUGGGACAGAAUCAUUCCAUCUUAAAGAUAGAAAAGGUCCUCAAGAGAAUGAGAGAAAUAAAAAACGAGUUCCUUCGAGCACAGAACCCUCCUGAAUUGUACCUGAGCUCCAAAACAGAAUUGCAGGGGCUGAUCGGACAGCUGGACGAGGUAAGUCUGGAGAAGAACCCUUGCAUCCGGGAGGCUCGGAGAAGAGCGGUGAUCGAGGUGCAGACCCUCAUCACUUACAUCGACUUGAAGGAGGCCCUGGAGAAGAGGAGGUCCUUCGCCUCCGAGGAGCACCCGUCCCACAAAGCGGUCUGGGACAUCCUGGGAAACUUGUCCGAGAUCCAGGGAGAGGUUCUUUCAUUUGAUGGGAACCGAACGGACAAGAACUACAUCCGGCUGGAAGAGCUGCUCACCAAGCAGCUGCUCGCCCUGGACGCCGUGGACCCUCAAGGGGAAGAGCACACGUCUGAACGUGGUGCGGCACGGGCUGCCCCUGUCGUUCGAGACCGUGUGAUGGACAGACUCCCUGAACCCACCUGCUGCUAUCAUACAGCGUCUGAGAGCAGAACCCGCCGGGAGCUGCGUGGGACCAGAUGUUUCCAGCUUGUCCGAGGAAGUUCGCUACUCGCAGCCUCCCACAGCCUCGCACUCUGGGACGAAGCCGCCAAACAGCUCUGAGCACCUGCCGCACUCCUUAGCUCGUGUCACUGGUCCCCGGGUGUUUCUCUAGUGCCCGCGAGAGCCAGUCAGGUCUGUCCACGCGGGACGUGUCUUUCCUCCUGCUGAAGGCACGCGUCUUUCUGUCAAUGCUUUCUGAGGAUUCGGUUUCCUGGCUGCCAGUCUAUGGGAACAAAAGAAUUUCCCAAAGUUCUGAAGUGCCUCCAUAACAUGUCGGUCCCAGUAUUAUAACAGACAGACUACUCUUUUCUGUUCCCGCUUUUCACAGAAGAAUCCUGUUAGAGCACAUCUUUUGGAACCUGUAGUCUGUCAUUUUCUCUCAGAGAUACUAAUUUGGUAACUGUGUAAGCAGCUAAGAGUAGGAGAGAAGGGAACAGCCCUAAAUACCUAAAAAUGAUAAAAGUGCGGCCCUAACAGAUUUUCACUUUGUCCCAUAAUGAAAAGCCCUCGAUGUGUCUUUCCUGCUAGAAGUGUUCUAGAUGCAGCGGGCGGUGGGGUCAAAGGCACUGGCGCACGUGCACAGGGCUUUCGCGUGUUGGGACCUUGAGCGCCUCCCUGUGCACGCCCCGGCCCCGGCCCCUGCGGGUUCCCAGUGCAGGUCACUGGCAGCUCAUUUUGGCCAAAGUCCUUUUAGGCCUGCUGUUCUGCACGCUAAUUUUAGGGCCCUUUUAAACCUCGGAGCUUUCAAAUUCGGUGCCGUCUCAGUCACCCCGCUGGGAGAUCAGGGCUGACUCCGCCGCAUUGGGCGCAUCCUGCGCAAGGCUCUACUUCGAUUUCAACGUCAGAUUUGGGAGUCUGGCGUCAGCAUUUCCUUCACAAGCAUCCAUUGUUCUCUGAAAAGGGACCUUCCGGUGCUGUUCAUUUCAAACAAGGUUUGCCGUAGCUCUGGCGGCGCUGGCCCGUGUCGCUAAGCCCCGAGCACUGGUCUGAGGGCGCCGAUGUCUUGCGCGGAGCCAUGCGGAUUUCCCACGUGGGUUAUUUUGGUCACGGAGGUGAUCGGGUCAGCCUUGAGUGAGUGUUCAGGCACGACGUUUCCUGUCUCCCAGCCCGUUCCAGUUCCUUACGCCUGAUUAUUCUCCCUUAAGGAACCCUGGUGACGCGGGAUUUAUGCUUCCUGUCCCCCGCAGGGCGGUGUCUGUUAAUGGGGCCUGCCGCAUGUAACCAUAAACUGGGCUCGUUACAUUGUAUUGUAUUUUCAUGACCUUAGUGAGGAGAACCUGUCCUGGAAGUGAAUCCUACCCCUCCAGACGUUUGGCCUUGGGUCUGCAUUAAACGGUAUAGUCCAUGUUCAAGCAACAACUGGCUGGGAAUGUUUGCUUUCGUUACCUCCCGCGCGGACAGCUUUGCCUUCAGGGCGGUCCUUACCCAAAUUAGAUUAAAGUCAACGACCUAUAAUGAAGUAGUUGUGAAAAUAAAGGUAGCGAGACUCCGCAGUACAGUGGGAUGCUUUAUUUUGCCACGACGACCGACGCCUCGGCGUGUGGUGUGUCUGUUACAAGGUAUCGUGUGUGAGACGGGGAGGGGGGGCAUCGCUUUUUCUCGCGUUUUACUUUGCCAGUUUUUAUCUGGUUUUUGAAAGUCUAAGCUUAUCCUAUACACACAGGUUAUUUUUGAGCAAAGCUUUUCAGCUUUUAACGUGUCUAGUAUUUUUCUAAGAAUAACCGAAGAACUAUUUGCCAUUGGUUUUGAUGUACAGUACAGAUGUGUUACCCCAGCGUGUUGGUUCCUGUCCCCUCUCUAUUCGUUGUAUGACUAUUGUAACCGUAUGUCUGAAAUAAUGCAGUAUUUUGAGAUAUUAGUGUGCCCUUAAUUAUUAAUGAAAUAAAAAUCUCCUAGCUUAUCUUUGCAGUGGAGGAAGGA